CGUUGUUCCAGGCUCGCCAUAUUAGUUUCAGUUUGAACGUUUGAGUUAUAAUCAUGUCCGCCGGUAAAGCUUGCAUUCAAAAGUCCGCCCCAGAUUUUACGGCAACAGCAGUUGUGAACGGAGAUUUUCGUGAUAUUUCACUAAGCGAAUAUAAAGGAAAAUAUGUUGUUUUGUUUUUUUACCCGCUCGACUUCACGUUCGUUUGCCCGACGGAGAUCAUUGCGUUUAGUGAUCGUGUGUCAGAGUUCCGUGAUAUUGGGUGUGAGGUGCUCGCGUGUUCCACAGACUCGCACUUCAGUCAUCUCGCAUGGACAAACAUCCCAAGGAAGAAGGGGGGAAUCGGAAACAUGAAAAUCCCGUUGAUUGCCGACAAAAACUGUGCAAUAUCUAAAGACUACGGGGUUUUGAUGGAAGGCAGUGGAAUCGCGUUCAGGGGAUUGUUCAUCAUCGAUACCAUGGGAAUUCUUCGGCAAAUAACGAUUAAUGAUUUGCCUGUCGGUCGCUCAGUGGAUGAGACGCUACGAUUGGUCAAAGCGUUUCAGUUCACAGACCAGCACGGCGAGGUUUGCCCUGCUGGGUGGAAACCCGGUGAUGAUACGAUCAAACCAGAUGUUCAAGAUAGUCAGAAAUAUUUCAGUAAACAAUAAACACCCCUGUGAAUAUU